UUUCGUUGCUGGACAACAGACAACUAGGGAUACAAACUACCGCCGUCCGGGAGGGCAGGAAAUCAGCCAUUUUUGUAGUAACAACUUCAUGGAUCCAUCACUGACGAGGACGCGCUUCGUGCGCGUGCACAAACUUGGGCGGAUCGAGACUCCAACAUGACCAUAAGAAACGUGCAGGAUCAUGGCCAGCGUUACAGACCCAGGAUGUCUUGUCUAAAAAAGAUGGAAGCUGUGGUGCUGGAAAUGCAGGACCCUAAGACCGGGGUGAAGUCUCAGACCCAAAGACUUGUGAUCACCACAAUCCCUCAUGCUAUUACAGGAGAAGAUAUAGUUAAAUGGAUUUCUAAUCGUUUCAAAGUAGAUCUUGCUGAGGCACAAGCCUUGGGCACCAUGAUGGUGGCCUUUGGAUACAUUUACCCAUUGCAAGAUCACAAGAGACUCGUCAUCAAAUCGGACGCCUCACUCUAUCGUUUUCAGACACCAUAUUUCUGGCCUGCACAGCAGUGGCCAGUUGAGGACACUGAUUACGCAAUAUACCUGGCAAAGAGAAACAUACGUAAAAAGGGGAUGUUAGAGCUUCAUGAACAGGAGCAGUACAAUCAUCUACAUAAAUGGAUGAACCACAAGUGGGACUUCAUAGUGAUGCAGGCCAAAGAGCAGUACAGGGCAGGGAAAGAGAGAAAGAAACCAGAUCGAGUGGUUUUUGACUGCCAGGAGAGAGCCUACUGGGUAGUACACAGACCACCGCCAGGAACAGUUAGUGGGAUGGACUAUGGACUGGAACGACUUGUAGAUCCCAAUCUGGAGGAGAAAAAAUCAUCUGACCUCUACAGAAGAAUAAUCAUUUUCACUCAACAGUGCAUCAUGAGGCCAAGAGUGAAGUCAUCUGUGUCUAUUGGAGCUCUUGUCAAGUACACAACAACCUACAAACAGCACGACCCUUUCCUUUAUUCAAGCCUACCAAGCAACCCGUGGUUAACUGAUGAUGUUACAUACUGGAACCUUAACAUGCCAAAUGUUGAAAAUCCUACAAAAAUGAGAGUGGAACGCUGGACUUUUAGCUUUGGCGAACUGCUUUGUGAUCCACGUGGACGGGCAGAUUUCCGUCUUUUUCUGAAAAAGGAAUUCAGUGGUGAGAAUCUGGCAUUUUGGGAGGCAUGUGAAGAUCUAAAAUGGGGGGCUGCAGCUACAAUGCAAGAGAAAGCCCAGCAGAUCUACAAGACUUUCCUGGCUCGUGGAGCACCUCGUUGGAUCAACAUAGAUGGAAAGACCAUGGAGAUCACUGUGAAGGGUCUGGCUCACCCACAUCGCUAUGUCCUGGAUGCUGCCCAGACUCACAUCUACAUGCUCAUGAAGAAGGAUUCGUAUGGGCGAUAUCUGAAGUCCUCUGUCUUUAAGGACACCCAGAGAAAGGCUAUUGCUCCCGAGCCACACAAAUUCAGUGAUGCUCAGCUGGAGCAGAAUGCCAAGAAACGGAGGCCCAGCCUGAGUCCCAUUAUCCUGAGGCAGCAGGAAGAGGCACAAAAAGCCAAGUUGGCUGCCAGCGGCCCUGUGGACAUCACACAGGUUAUGAGCAAAUUGGCACAGAAAAAAAUGAGCAAAUAAAUAUAGCUACAGAUUUUUUUGUCGUCAUAGUUAAACACCUUUUGCUAUGACUGCUACUAGUUUUUCAGCACUUUACUCUGUAAAAUCUUAAGAACGUAGACGACUAGAUAUUUAAUAGAUGCAUCUUUAAUCGUAUGGUCUAUUAGGUAAGGAUAAUAAUUCUUUGGUUAGAUUCUCAUUUCUCACUUGUAACUCAGUACCAUUUCAGUUAGGUUGACUGUAGCUAUUGAAUAAUACGCUUGAGAUUAGGUGAAUAACUAAAUAAUAAGCUGAGGCUUUAAGAAUUCAUUUCAUUCAUAGCCCACAUUUCUUUCAUUGUUCAGAAGUGUCAUGAGAAGAUUUGUGUUAUGUCAGAUUCUGUCAUUUUGUGUUUAAACAUCAUCACUUGCAAGUAGUCCCAUUUGCAUACUCUCUGUCCAUUUCUGUGUUAUUUUCCAUCCAUCAAAUAAAGUUAUACAUAUUUUCCCAAA